AUGAGAAAUAUGAUUCAUGGUCUAUGUGGCGAUUGGUGCAUGAAAGAGAAAAAGUGCUCAAAACAUUUUCCAAAAGAAUUUUAUCAAAAUACUACUAAGGAUGAAAAUGGUUAUCCACAUUAUCAAAGAAGAGACACCGGUACUUAUGAAUGUUGUAAUGGACAUACAGUAGAUAAUAGGUGGGUAGUUCCAUAUUGUGCUAAAUUACUUCUAAUUUUUGAUUGUCAUAUUAACGUGGAAAUUGUUUCAAGUAUUACAUCUGUUAUAUAUUUAUAUAAAUAUGUCUAUAAAGGACACGAUGCUGCUACAGUUGUGAUUGAACAAACGGAAAACGGUACCACUAUUGAUCACGAUGAAUGUCAUAAUUUCAUUGAAACACGUUAUGUUGGUCCAGUGGAAGCAUGUUACAGAAUUUUCAGUAAAAAAUUGCAAGAUAAGAGUCACGUCGUUACAAGAUUAUCGGUACAUUUACCUAAUGAACAAGCAGUAAUUAUUGCACAGGAUGAAAAUGAAACGUCUUUAUUAGCAACUUUAAAUAAUUCGAGCAGUAUGUUACUUGAUUAUUUUAAGUUGAAUGCAACUAACGAGACAGCAAGGCAAUAUUACUAUACUGAAAUUCCUAAACAUUUUACCUACAAAAAAAUUAAAGUCGAUGGUCAAAUGGUUUCUUCAUGGGCAACUCGAAAAAAACAUCUCAAUUGUAUAGGCCGAAUGUAUUCAAUAAGUCCAACUCAAAUUGAAUUAUUUCAUUUGAGAUUAUUAUUACUUCAUGUCAAAGGGGCUACGAGUUACGAUGACUUAAAAAGAAUAGAUAAUGUAUUACAUCAUUCUUUCACAGCAGCAUGUCUAGCAUUAGGAAUUAUAGAAGAUGACGAUGAAUGGAACAAAGCUAUGAGGGAAGCUAGCCUUUGGAUGAUGCCUAGACGCCUCAGACAUUUAUUUGUUGUUAUACUGAUUCAUUGUCAACCAAAUUAUCCAGAGAAAUUAUGGGAAUCCUUUAAAGACUCUAUGUCUGAAGAUUUUUCGCGUAAUAACGAAUCUAAUAUCAGUUAUCAAAUGGCUUAUUCUGACAUAAAUAAUAUGUUAAUUAAAGAAGGAAAAAGUUUAGCUGACUUUCCGACAAUGGAUCAAAGUAUUAUGACAUGCAUAGUUGAUAUUACGAAUAACUUUGACAGAACACAACUAUUACGAAUUGGAAAUGAACAAUAUGAAAAAUUGAAUGUAGAACAAAAAGAAAUAGUCAAUAACAUUAUUGAAGCAUCACGUUCUCAUAAUUAUACUAGCUUAACUUGCUUCUACAUUGAUGGACCAGGAGGAUCUGGCAAAACUUUCGUUUACACUACCAUAUAUAAUCUUAUGUCAGAGAAUAUCAAAUGCUCCACAAUGGCAUACGCCGGCAUUGCUGCAACAUUGCUGCCUAAUGGAAAAACGGUACAUAAGACAUUCGGCUUACCAGUUCCGAUGUUUAAUGAUUCCUCUUCAAAUAUUAAAAUACAAUCAACGGAAGGUAUGCUUUUAAAAAAUACUAAAGUAUUUAUUUGGGAUGAAGCACCAAUGGCGCCAAGAUACGCUUUAGAAAUAGCGAACAGAACCUUAAAACAUAUCAUGAACAAUGAUCUACCAUUCGGUGGGAAAAUAAUGGUUUUAGGGGGUGAUUUUAGACAAUUACUUCCUAUUAAAGUUAAUGGGACGCGUAACGAAAUAUUAAAUAUGUCUAUAAAAAAUUCUCGGUUGUGGUCAUUUUUUUCUAUAUAUAAGUUGAAUACUAACAUGAGAGUUUUACCACAUGAAAUUGAAUUUGCCAAAUAUUUAUUGCAUGUUGGUGAUGGAACAUUAAAUGAACAAGAUGAUAAUUUACAACUUCCAUAA